UCCCCCACUCACUCUUGGCCAUGGACGCUGGAGACCGCCGCGGCGAAUUCGGAAUGGCUAUGGGCAGACCCAAGGCCGUGUGUAGAGGGGUUCAAGCAAGCAAGACGAAUGCUAACUGUGGAAAAGGAGUCGGAGCUUGCCAUCAACAUCCGCAAAGCUACCAGCAUAGACGAAACCGCGCCGAAGCGGAAACAUGUCCGCGCCGCAAUCGUCUACACAUGGGACCACAAGAACUCGGACUCCUUCUGGUCUGGCAUGAAAGUCCAGCCCAUCCUCGCCGAUGAGGUCCAGACGUUCAAGGCUCUCAUUACCAUACACAAAGUCCUCCAGGAGGGACACCCCGUGGUGCUUAAGCAGGCCCAGGCGCAGAUGGGCUUUUUGGAAAGCUUGCAGCGGGGUGUCGCCGGCGGCGAAGGGCUCCGAGGAUACGCGCCGCUUAUUCAGGAAUACGUGUACUUCCUUAUGGCGAAGCUCGCCUUUCAUAGGCAGCACCCCGAAUUCAACGGCACCUUCGAGUACGAGGAAUACAUCAGCUUGAAGUCCAUCAACGACCCGAACGAGGGAUACGAGACUAUUUCCGAUUUGAUGACUCUUCAGGACCAGAUCGAUUCCUUCCAGAAGCUCAUCUUCUCCCACUUCCGCAAUGGUAACAACAACGAGUGCCGUAUCUCAGCAUUGGUGCCUUUGGUGCAGGAGAGUUAUGGUAUCUACAAGUUCAUCACAAGCAUGCUGCGCGCAAUGCACACGACUCUCGGAGAUGACGAGGCACUGUCGCCCCUCCGCGGUCGUUACGAUGCGCAGCACUACCGUCUUGUCAAGUUCUAUUACGAAUGCUCUAACCUUAGGUACCUUACUAGCCUGAUUACCGUACCUAAGCUUCCGCAAGACCCGCCCAACCUACUAUCCGAGGACGAAGAUAGGCCAGCCCUGCCAGCUAGACCUAAGCAGGACGAUACUCCUGCGCGAUCGACCCCAGUGGAUCCUGAGCCGAUCAACGAAUUCUGGAAGAAUGAGCAAAAGCGCCAGCAGGACGAGUACGAAGCCGAACAGCGUAGGCUGCAGGAGCAAUGGGAAGCGGCGCAACGCGCGCAACAGCAACAGCAGAUGGAGGCGCAAAUGCAGUUUGAGGAGCAGCAGCGGAUGGCCGCGGAACAAGCGAGACUGGCGCAGGAGCAACUUGCACGCGAUCAGUUCGCGCAGCAGACGCAAGGUCGGCUCGCCGAGCUUGAAAGAGAGAACCUCAACGCCAGAAUGCAGUAUCAGCAGGACCAGCUCUUGUUGCAGCAGUACGAUCAGCGCGUCAAAGCCCUUGAGGGCGAGCUGCAGCAGAUCCAGGCCAACUUUUCGCAACUGUCGUCCUCUAAGGAUGACCAGAUUCGCGCGCUGCAGGAACAACUCAACACUUGGCGGACCAAGUACGAGGCCCUUGCCAAGUUGUACUCGCAGCUGCGCCACGAGCACUUGGAGCUGUUGCAAAAGUUUAAGUCUGUGCAGCUCAAGGCGGCGUCCGCCCAGGAGGCUAUUGAUCAGCGCGAGAAGCUGCAGCGCGAGCUUAAGACCAAGAACCUCGAGCUGGCAGACAUGAUCCGUGAGCGCGACCGUGCGCUGCACGACAAGGACAGGACUAGCGGAGGCCACAAGGAAGAAGUCGAGAAGCUGCAGCGCGAGCUGCGGCUGGCUUUGGACAAGGCCGACCAAUUGGAACGCGGCAAGGGUUCGGAAUUGUCUGCAAUGCUGUCGAGGCAUAACAGAGAAAUUGCGGAUCUCGAGGAGGCCCUGCGCAACAAGACUCGUCACCUUGAUGAUAUGCAGAUGAAGUUCAGGGAAGGCGACUCUGACCUUGAACGCCAGCUGCGCGAGAAGGAGGAUGAGCUGGAGAUCUUCAAGGCUGGAAUGGACCAGACUCUGCUCGAGCUGAACGAGCUGAAGAUGAACCAGAACGAAACCGACAAUGUCAUGGACGGACAGAUUGACAACAUCAUCCUCGAGAGCUUCCGUAAGAUUAACGACAUUAUCGACUCUGUUCUGCAGAGCGGUGUGCAACGUGUCGAUGACGCCCUGUACGAGCUUGAUUCGUCUAUGCAGGCGGGUAACCAGAACGCUUCCGGUGCCUACGUUUUGUCGCAAAUCGAGAAGGCCUCUUCCUGCGCCAUGGAGUUCUCGACGGCAUUCAACAACUUCAUCGCUGAUGGCCCGAACAGCAACAAUGCAGAGAUUAUCCGCACUGUCAAUGCCUUCUCGGGUGCUAUUGCCGAUGUGCUCAACGGCACCAAGGGUCUUACGAGAUUCGCCUCUGAUGAAAAGAAGGGCGAUCAGCUUCUGAAUGGCGCCAGGCAGUCUGCCGUUGCUACGGUCAGCUUCUUCCGCGGGCUGCUUUCGUUCCGCCUGGAAGGCCUUGAGGAUCUGCAGAAGACUGACGUCGUCAUCAACAACAACAACGAAGUCCAGGUCAACCUGCAGAAGCUGUCCAAGCUCGCCGACGCUUUUGCGCCAAAGACCAAGAUCACGCAAGGCUCGGGUGACCUUGGUGACCUUGUUGACCGUGAAAUGACCAAUGCGGCCAACGCCAUUCUUGCUGCUACGGAGCGUCUGAACAAGCUCAAAGAGAAGUCGCGUGACUCGUACUCCACCUAUGAGCUCAAAAUCCACGACGCCAUCCUGGGCGCCGCCAUCGAGGUUACGAAUGCGAUUGCGCGUCUCAUCAAGGCGGCUACCGAAUCGCAGCAGGAGAUUGUGCGUGAAGGCAGGGGCACGUCGUCGCGUACGGCCUUCUACAAGAAGAACAACCGGUGGACGGAAGGUCUCAUCAGCGCGGCCAAGGCGGUAGCGAACUCGACGAACCUGCUGAUCGAGACGGCGGACGGCGUCAUCUCAGGCCGCAACAGCCCUGAACAGCUGAUCGUGGCAUCGAACGAUGUCGCGGCGUCGACGGCGCAGCUGGUGGCAGCGUCUCGUGUCAAGGCCAGCUUCAUGAGCAAGACGCAAGACAAGCUGGAGGCGGCAUCAAAGGCCGUCACAAUGGCUUGCAGGUCCCUGGUGCGCCAGGUCCAGGAUAUCAUCUCGCAGCGCAACCGUGAUGAUAAUGAGGCCGUUGACUACACGAAGCUGAGCUCGCACGAGUUCAAGGUCCGGGAGAUGGAGCAACAAGUCGAAAUCAUCCAGCUCGAGAACAACCUCUCGGCAGCGCGCCAUCGCCUUGGUGAGAUGCGCAAGAUCUCGUACCAGGAGGACUAAGUUUGCAACGCGCUUGCUUGCGGUCCGUGUCUGUGUCUCUGGAUGGGUUGCUGGUAGGUUGGAUGGCAUGUUAAUUGGUGAGGAAAGGGAACGAAUGGAAUGGCAGGUGCAGGCGUGUGGGAUGGGUAUGGAUGGAUGGAAGGAUGGAUGGGGUUGGCUUUAAUUUGUUUUUGCUUGCUUUCAUAUUUGCUAGCGUGUGAUCGAGAGAGUGUGUGUAGUGGGUAGAGACAAGUGGGCUGGGCGGCAGUGAUGUUGGUUCCUUCACUCCCUGUUUGGUCCGCCGUGUUGUGUUCUCUCUUUCUUCGGUUGUGCCAUUUGUCGGUUUUUGGUUGAACUUAGCGGCAUCAUCUUUGCGUGUGUACCUAUACCAGAUUGACUUGAUUCAUUGAUCGGACUUUUGGUGCUUG